CGUGACGACAGGUCGUUUGCGGUGAAGGACGACAUAUUCUGUUUAUUCGCGGGAGUUCUUGAAAACUUGGGGAGCCUGAGGCAGCAGUACGGGCUGGCCAAAUCGGCAAACGAGGUAAUUCUGGUGAUCGAAGCUUACAAGGCGCUCCGGGACCGGGCGCCGUACCCGCCCAGCCACGUCGUCGGCCAUCUCACCGGCAAUUUUGCCUUCAUCGUCUACGACAAAUCCACCUCAACUCUCUUCGUGGCUUCUGAUCGGAACGGGAAGGUCCCGUUGUAUUGGGGAAUCACCGCCGAUGGAUAUGUGGCUUAUUCCGAUAACGCCGAUCUGCUCAAGGGUGCUUGCGGGAAGUCACUUGCUUCUUUUCCUCAAGGGUGCUUCUUGUCGACAGCAGUUGGUGAACUGAGAUGCUAUCAUAAUCCUAAGAACAAGAUUACUGCAGUUCCUGCCAAUGAAGAAGAGAUAUGGGGUGCCACAUUCAAAGUGGAGGGGCCAGCAGCUGUAGCAGCCACACGGUGAAGAGUGGAUUUUUUCGCACGGCGGUGGAGAUUUUCAUAUAUCUGAGUUUGUCCAUUUGGGGAAGAUGGAGAGGUUUAUUUGUGGUUGAAAAAGAUGGAUAGCUAACAGACAGGGAUGUGUUUGUGUUUGUGUUUGUGUCUGACCAGAGAGGCAGAUGGGUGUGUUUUUUUCUUUGUUUUCUUCUUUUUUGCUUUUACCUGAUGUAAAGUCCUUUUGCUUUUGGUGUCAAUAAAGUCCGUGACUUUGUAGAA